AUGCCAGCCGCAGCAAGCAACAAACGCGUCAAAAACACGCGCAUCUCACGCCCCUUCAUAAUCGGCUCUCAAGCCUGGAACCUCGACCCCACCACCCAAACCGGCCCAAUCCCCGAAGGCCACACAAAAGGCUGGCGCGUCUACGUAAAAGCCCUCGACAGCGGCCCCGACCUCAGCACCUGGCUCAAANAAGUCCAAUUCAAACUACACAUGACCUACGCCGACCCUUCGCGCACCGUCGAAGCCCUCCCUUUCAAAAUCCAAGAAACCGGUUAUGGAGAAUUUGAUAUCGAGAUGCGGUUAUACUUUGACUCGAGUUCGGGAGAAAAGGCGCAGUACAGAAGUCAUAGGUUGAGGCUAGAGCCUUAUGGCAGUGAAGAGCAGCAAAAGAUGCAAAAGGAGGCGAACAUGGUGACGAGCGAGACGUGUGAGAUUGUCGAGUUCAAUGAGCCUUCUCACGACUUUUUCGCAAAGAUGACGGCUGAAGACCAAUUCGCUCAUUUGCAGAAANAAGGCGGUGGUGCAAAGGGAGGCAGAGGUGCCAAAGGAAGAGGUGCGAGGAUUGAAUACGAAGGUGGCAGGGAGCCGACUGCAAACUUGCCCGACAGGGGUUCCGACGCCUUGCCUUGGAGCAGAGAGCUGGAGAAGAAGAUGCUGGAUAUGCUGUCCACGGCGCAAAAGGACAUGGAUGCUGAGAUUGACAAGGAGAAACAGAGGGCUGAGGAUAGGCGCAAGAGGUUGCAGGAGAUUGCCUGA